UUCUUCCUCGUAAAUGCCUAGCAUAUAUUCUUGACUUGAUUCCUAAGCGAGUCAGUUUUCGAAAAUGCCUGAAACUUAAGGGCAAAAACGCCUGGUGGCACAUUGUUGAACAACAGCUUUUCCUAUUCUCGCAUAGUUACAUUUAGCUUUUCUAUCACCUUCUCUCUUUUGCUGACAACAAAAUAGCAUAAACGUUGUCGCAGUAGUAACAAAACAUAAAAGGCCCUCGUAUUUCAAUUUGCAAUCUUUCAUUUCUCGAUUUCUACCUAAAAAAAACAAAAAACUAAUUCCUUCGAUAUAUUUUUUUAGCAUGGCCCACCUUGUUUCCGAACUCUUGGAGCUGCUGAGUUCAAUACGUUUUUAUGAGGUCAAACAAGAGGUGAGAUUGGUUGUUGGUGUCAAGGAAGAAGUAAAAAAUCUUACUCGCAAACUCCAGUCCGUAAAACUUGAGGUUGCAGAUGCAGAGAGAAGAUGGAGGCAUGCACAGGACCAAAGUGCCAAAGAAUGGCUCGAUGACUUCGAAGAAAUUUGCUAUGGAUUGGAUGACGUGUUGGAUGAGUGGGUAACUGCAAUUCUGAAAUCAGAAACAGAGUCAGAGUAUGAAAAUCCCAGCAAGUCUAAAAGGAAGCUGAAGAUACAUUCCUCUCGUUUCACUUGUGGUCAAGUUAGUCUGCGUGAUGGUAUUGCUUCCAAAAUAAAGAAACUAAAUGAAAAGGCAAACGGGUUUUUUGGGCGGAAAAAACCAGAUUUUGAAAAGAGCAUUCAAUAUUCUGCAACUGCUGUGGAUGAAACAUCAGUUUGUGGUAGAGAGAAGGAAAAGGAUAGAAUAAUGAAGUUGUUGUUGGGGGAGAGCACUGAUCAGGGAGGACGAAGCUCCGAUGUCAUCUCUAUAGUAGGGAUAGCAGGGGUGGGAAAAACUUAUCUUGCUGAACUAGUCUACGAGGAGAAAAGUAUAAAGGAAGAGUUCAAUUUUAAGAUAUGGGUGUCCGUCUCACAAUCCUUUGCUAAGAUCAUAGCUGAAAAGUCAGACUUCCAAUCUGUUCCUAAUCGUUUUUCAUCAUCAGAUAGAGUUGGCUUGAAUGAUCUGCUCGAAGAGACAGCUUUGGCAGUUUUUGGAAAGAAGUUUCUUCUUGUCCUUGAUGAUGUGCAGGAAAUCGAUUCUUUUAUGUGGGACAAAUAUCUGAAGUGUUACUUUGAGUUUGGUUUGCCUGGAAGCAAAGUGUUGAUAACCACACGCAGUGAUAUGGUUCCGGUUUCUAUGAGCAACCACACCAGCCUUUUCCCUCUACAUGGAAUUACCGAAGAUGAUUGUCGGUCAUUAUUUAGUCACUGUGCAUGGUUUGGAAACAGUAGUACAGAGAGUGAAGGUAUGGUAAGCAUUCAUAACAAAAUUAUCAGUGGCUGCAAGGGACUUCCAUUUCUUGUAAAGGCUCUAGUAAGUCUUUUGCAAGUCAAAAUUUCUACAGAAGAACGGCAGCAUGUCUUGGAUAGUAAGGCUUGGGACCAAUACAAAGAUAAACCUGGUUAUCCUCCUCUGCUGUUGUGCUAUGAUGAUUUGCCCUCCAAAAUGAGACGUUGUUUCACAUACUGUGCUGUUUUCUCCAAAGACUGCAAGAAGUUAGAGCAAGAAUACUGGAUCAAUUUGUGGAUGGCACAAGGUUAUCUAAGGGCAACACAGAUUAAGGAAGAGGAAUUAGUUGGUAAAGACUACUUUGAAAACUUAAUCGCACGAUCUUUCUUCCAAAAUGCUAUAAAGGAUGGGAAUGGUAGCACGGCAGCAUGUAAGGUGCAUGAUCUGGUGCACGAGUUCGCGCAAUUUCUUACCGAGAAUGAUUGUGUUAACGUUGAGGUCAGUAGUCACGGAGUGAUUGGGAUGGUCUCUUCUUGGGACAAAGUUCGCCAUUUGAAGAUAGAGUUUUCAGAAAGGAAUGCCUCAUUCCCUGUCUCUUUUGCUAGCUUAAAAAAUUUGCGUAGCCUCCUCGUUGACUACUGUAAAAGUGACUAUCCAAUUGUAAUAGGAAACCAGGACGAUUUAUUAAGUCGAUUGACUUGUUUGAGAGCAUUGAAGUUGAGCCACAUCUCAAGUGAAGAAAUAUCGGAUAAGAUAGGCAAGCUGAUACAUCUGAGGUAUCUUGACCUGUCUGACAAUCAGCAUUUGAAGUAUUUGCCUGAAGAAAUUGGUGAAUUGUACAACCUGCAAACUCUAAACCUCAGUGGUUGCUGUGAGCUUCAAAGGCUACCAUAUGGCUUAUGCAGGUUAAUCAACUUGAGGCAUCUCAACAAUUAUCACACUGAUAAAUUGACUUUCAUGCCAAGAGGAAUCGAGAGAUUAACUUCUCUGAAGUCACUUUACAAGUUUGUUGUGAAUUGUUCCUACCAUAGUCGUGAAUUAUCUAGUACUCUUGGAGAUCUGCAAAAUUUGAACUACCUUCGAAAAUAUCUAGAGAUAAGUGGGUUGGGAAAUUCAACAGAUAUGAUCAGUGAGGCCAGAAAGGCACAACUUAAAAAGAAGAAACAGCUCGUUACUUUGAAACUCAGUUUUGUAGAGUGCAGAGCGUUGAUACAUGACCAGGAUGAAGAAAUUAUUCAAGCCUUAGAACCACCUCCAAGUUUGGAACAUCUGGAGAUAGAGCACUAUGGAGGCAUCAAGAUGAAAAUUCCCAAUUGGAUGAUGCAGUUAGCCAAGCUGUCCAAGAUUUGUAUCUCCAAGUGCCGAAACUGCAACAAUCUGCCUCCAUUGGGCAAACUACCGUUCCUUGAGUAUCUUGAGAUAUCGGAUAUGAGGAGUGUGCAUAAAGUGGGCGAUGAAUUUUUGGGAAUAGAAACUAACCAUAAAGAAAACGAAGAUAAGAAAAAAGCUUUCCCCAAACUGAAAGAACUCAGAUUUUCUCACAUGUAUGCAUGGGAUGAAUGGGAUGCUUUGAUCGCCCUGGAAGAAGAAGUAAUGCCAUGUCUUCUUCGCUUAUACAUUGGAUUUUGCGAUAAGUUGGAAGCACUUCCAGCACAACUUCUUCAGAUGACCACUCUAGAGGAACUGGCUGUGGAUCAUUGCGGUUCUCUGGGAGGCCAAUAUCAUUGGAAUGUUGGAGUGGAUUGGCACCAUAUCUCUCACAUCCCUAUCAUCUAUUUUGAUGGAAAGAGAUUCUCAAAACAAAAGCACAAGUCCGAAUCUGUAGAAAAAAAGCCCUUUUGAAGCUGAAAAGAGAAGAAAAUUCGAAUAAAAAAGGGCCAAAGUUCAAGGAAAUGGUCCUUACUCUUUACUCUUCAACUUGCUGGAAAUGUUGAUUUUAACUAUCAGGGAAACAUGGAGGAGCUAGUACAAGAUGUUAUAAGGCAAGGAGUAAAUUAAUCUUUGUCCGUGGGUUUUGAAAUGAGAUUAUAAUUUACUACUUUUUUUUAAAAUUACAGGGACAUAAGAAGAGAUCAUCUGUUUAGACUUCGAGCAGUAUGAAGGUUUAUGGCAAAUGGAUAGGAAUGAAUAACAGUGAAUGCAAAGCAUAUUCUGUAGAGCACAUACCGAAGAAACAGAGGAAUUCUGCUUUUGAAGGAGAUUAUGGGUUCAGAAGAACGUACAUUCUGCCACUCUUCAACUUGAUUUGAGGUAUAACAAACUGCAACAUGCAAUGUGACAGUAGAAUUCGUAGACAUAAUCCAAAAGUGAUUCUGCAUGGUAACUGUCAUGUGGAUUGUAAAGAAGAGCAUUCCUGAGAAACUCUUAAUCAUAUGCAAUGAGAAAGCUUUUGAUUGUUGAGGCUCGAGAGAAAUUGUACAUAAAUGACUGAGAUUACUACAAGUGGUCUGAAAUCUGUUUGUUGUGAUCCUUGUGUAUGUGAAAAUAAACUGGCAAUCGAUUUACAGGGAC